AUGCUUGACUGCAAUGAGACGGGAGAAUCUCAAACAUCACAAGAACUAGCAAAGUUGUUGGCGAACGAAAAUCCAGGGACCAUAGCAGAGGAGUCACAAGUCAGCGAGGAGCUUUCAACUAAGUAUGAACCUUCAGAUCCUGCUCAAUCAGAGCACUAUUCUCCACGUCAACAAUAUAGCUUGCUGGGUCUAGGACAAGGCAGCCCGAUGAGUCAAACGCAGCAUUUUAGCGAUGAUGUAGAAGAAGGGACGCACGGUUCACAAAAGGAAAACCAUCAUUCUUCGACCGAACUUGAAUCGUCAAAGCUUGAACCGAAUGACCCUUGUUCAUCAAACGAGAAUGCUUUUACCUGGUCAAAGAAUAGUCCAAACGCACAUCCUGACCCUGACGAACAGUCUGAAUCCUUACAAAGACUCUCUGUUUCUCUUGAACGUCGUGACGAACCCUCUGUCGAGGCCGCUGGGAACGUUCCAUCUCCACCCUAUCAAUUACCUGGCGAGAGGCCUGAAUCGGAAAUGAUUUGCAGUGAUUUCGGUGCCAGCAGUCCUGAACGUCUUGACGGUAUUCGAGAGGCUCUUUCAAACCAUCAUGCCACUCCCAUCUCACAAAUUGUCGAUUCACAAUCACAGAAUAGCGACAAAGCCUCUCAGUUUUCAGAGAUAGGCUCUCAAGAUGAUGAACCACAGGCCCAAGUCGUGCCGGAGUAUGACAUGGACGCGUUGCGUCGAAUGGAGAACGAACUCUACCCAGACUCUCAAUCUCAAGCUACGCAGAGCACACAGCCUGCAGCUUCUUCUGACGAUAACGUUGUUAUCAAUGAUAAGGACUGGGCGAAUUUCACCGGCAUCCAGGUUCCUCCACAUCGACGCCACAGAUAUUUGGCGUCUGCCAAGGAAGGUGCAGCAAUUGCAGCGGUUCGAAACGACACUUUCUAUGACGGUUAUGAUUCCUCUGCACCUCCUCUAGAUGAUGGAUUUAUGCGCCAAUUUCCGGCCGGAAUGCCAGAUCCUGGUGAUUCCGACCAAGAGACACAACCGGCCACGCAGCCUGUGGAGAGCUCUCAGCAGGAGGGUGAAUGGGUGCCACCCGUUCAGUUCCCUGCUGGGCAUGGGUCGACUUCCCAGGAGGAAGGAGCGGCUACUCAAAUAGUGGAAGCUCAAGACGUCGCGAACCAGAUUCUAGAUGAUUCUACAGUGAAUUCCGAUGAGGUUAAACCUGGCAGCGUCGUCCAUUCCGUUAUUCCAGCUCCCCAGCCCCCCGUUCGUACCACCUUCACCCGCGCCAAAUCUCCUAUCAGCGCUCUAGAAAUCGUGCCGGACUCCGAACCUCCUGUUCCGUCACCAGUCAAAUCGACGAAGCGCUCAUCGUCAGUUCACGCUGUGACUUCCCCCAGACAGGUCUUUGAUACCCGUGCCAUAAAUCAGCCUGUCGGAACCCAUCCGCAACCGAUGGAAGUCGAUGAGGUCGAUGAGGUCGAAAUACCGCUAGCUGCUGUCGUGAAAUCUGGCAUCAAGAAAGUUGACAAUGUCAAAGGCUGCCCGUCCGCUGUGCAUAUGCCUCCACCGCCCCCUAAACGUUCAACGAAGGCCGAAGAGAAACGUCGAGAUAAUCAAAACCAAGAGAUGACCGCGACAGUAACCCAAAUUCGAACUUCCUCCAAGCGCAAGGCUACUCCGGCCACUGAGACUGUAAAAGACGAAUCUUCGAAGAAGAAAGGGAGGGUAACGAAAGCCAAGACAACAAUGCCUCCUGCUCGAAGAAGCACUCGUCCGACAAGGAACCGACGUUCGUUAGUGGAGAGCGAUAGUGACGGGGACAUUGAUGACGAGAUUGUUCUCAUCAAAGAGGAAGAUGAUGUUGUUACAGUCUCAGGGGACGGAGUUGACAUGACACCUAGCCCUUCUGCUGCUGGUGAAUCUCACCGUAAGCGCAAGCGUAGUGUCGCUAUUUCUGUACCCCGUAAAGCCUCGAAGAAAGAACACACGCAAACACCUGCUAAUCAUCCUCGUCGCCACAGUACUGCAUCAGUUAACGGCAAAAAUACCAUCCAGGUUGCGUCACUUCGCGUACUGGUUCUUUACACAGAUGGCUACUGGUAUCCUGGUACGGUGCGAGAGUUCCAAACACCAGACAGUUACAAAAUUUUAUAUGAUGACAACUCAGCGGGAUGGGCGAAGACGGGAAGUAUGCGCCAAUUGGAACUCAGAGUGGGCGACGAAGUGAUGGAUUCCAAGACGAAGAAGUCUGGAACAGUCUCAGAAGUCAAGGAGGACAUGAUCGUUGUUUCCGGCUCCGGAAUUACUUUCGAUCUGACGUAUCGUUACCUCCGCAUCCCUUGCGACAAAGUCGAGGCUCAGUGGAGCGAUAGGGAGUUGACGAUUGGCGUAUUAGCUGGUAUUCAUGACACGUCCAGACAGUCCGCACUUCCUGAGGGUGCAGACAGCUUUCUUCGAGGAUGCGGGAUCAUCAUUACAUCCAACCCGAAUGCACUCCAGUGGAACAAAGAGAAGAAUGAAAUUCUUGCUGCAAUGAUAGAGAACGGUGCUACUCUAAUCGAAGAUUGGUCGGAUGCUCUCCAGACAUCUGGCACCUACAUUUAUGACAAAGGCAAAGGCAAGAAAGGGAAGGGCAAAGACACUGGCAACCGGAAUCCGAAAAGCUGGAAGAUAACGAAGGAGCAAGCUCGAUGGUUUGAGGAUCCAGACGAGGGUAGUAUCCGCCGUGUCUUUGUGCUCGCAGAUGCUGUCUGUCAAAAGCCCAAAUACCUCAUCGCCUUGGCUCUAGGUGUACCAUGUCUCUCCACCAAUUGGAUGACGGAUAGUCUUCAAAAUCGUGAUGCCAAAGAGUGGAGUAGCUACCUUCUACCAAAAGGAAUUGAUAACUACACAUCGCAGAACGUCCGAUUGUCUCAAUCCGUGAACCUAGACUGGGGGAUGAUGCCUGAACAUCUCACGAAUAUCAUGGAUAAUCCCUAUGCUCAAAAACUAUUUUCCGGAUCGUCUGUCCUUUGCGUAGGCGAUGACUAUAUUCCCGAGCAACAUGAAGAGAGAAUGAGUGCUAAUAAUUAUGAUGAUCAUGGGCUCGGAGCCCUAAGAAUUGUCACAAACCGGAGCAAAAUCACGUCUGGCGUUCCUCUAAUCAUCUUGGCCAUGGGAGCGUCCCAAGUUACUGCUGUUGCUAAUCUUCAAGAUGCUUCCAAGGAUGAACAUUUUGACUAUGUCCUGUUCAAGGACCCGAAAUGGAACUCGAAAUUCCCUGCCCCUAAAGAAGGAACGAUCUAUGCAUCCUGGUCUUGGGCGAAGCAAAGCUUGAUUCGUGGGCAGAUGCUUCCCUUACCUGAAAAUAACUAA